AGUGCGCGUGUUACAGACGUGUGUUGAUUUUUUUUAUUUUAUACGUUAUCAAAGACUCUAAUAAUUAAUAUAUUUAAGGACAAAAACAACAGAAACGCAAGUGUUGUGUGUGGACAUUGUGAUUAACAAAUCUGUUGUGAUACUUUAUGUGAGAAAAUCGCGCUUCUUACGGAUUUGUACGGUGUUUCGGUACAAAACAUUGGAGUGAAGUAUCAUGGGCUAGUACUACAAGAAGUCGAAAAAUGAAUGAAAGUCGUGAGCGAAUUCGGCGGGAAAGAGAGAGGGAGAAGAACACAUAUACCUCUCCCCGUCUGGCGCUGCGGCGGGUGCUGCUGCUGGCUGAGGGCCGGCAGUUCCGCGAGGCGGCCGCUAUUGUCUCCCGGCUCGGCCCCGGCGUGCUGCAGACCGUCGCCGCUGACUUACCUAUCGACCUGCUAGUUGAGGCUUUGCCGCAUUCCGCGCAUUUAAUAGAAACUUUAUUAAAUAGGUUAAUUUCCUUAGAAGUCCUGCCCCGUCCGGAGUUGCAGUGCGAGGCGGUGGCAUGGCGACUGGUCGGUCUACUGGGAGUAGACCAGAGUUCUGGUCUGCGCGCGCGCACCGCCAAGCUGGCUAAUGCACUGGCGCAGUACACGCCAGACGCCAGGGACACUGUUGAUGCUAGGAGACGACAACUAGAUGCCGCUGUACAGGGAUUGGGUACGCACGGGCUCACAGCGGACUCCUCCGGCGCGCUCAUCUCUCUGCACAUCGCUAUGAAGAACGAGUUGCAACGACAUGUAGACGUCUACAAGCAAGCGCUGCACAAACUGGAGGAACUGUCGCCAGUGACUCUACACAGCGACCCUGCCUCCUCCUCACACCAACGUCUCCUGUCCCUCUCACACGCGGACGUGGAGCGGCGACUGAUCGACAACAAAUCGCUGCUGACGGCAGUGGACAAGCCAGCGCUACGCCAGCUGCCCACCCUGGUCGCACAGCUCGCCGCGCGAGUAGAGAGCGACAAGGCAGUGCUGGCUUGUGUAGGACAGAUCAAACGGACAGACCCCACGCUGGAUCUAAGUGACACGAGGCCGGUAGCCGGGGUGCUGAUGAGCUACUCCCGCGGCUGCGCGGCCGUGCUGGGGCUCAUGGCGGAGGGCGGGGAGCCGGCCGCCCCGCGCUCGCAGGCCGACUCCGCCAGCGACGGCUACCAUUCUGACAGCGACGACUCCCAGCAGCAGCCUGAUAGGAGUGCCCUGGUGUCGCAGUACGAGGCGAUGUGGGCGAUGGCUGCGGAGGAGGUGCUGCCGGCUCUGGCCGCGCUCGAACCGCUCCAAGCCACGCCGCAUCUCAAAUACAAGAUCGUCUUCUCCGUUGUUGUCCUGUCGUUCCGCGCGGUGAUCAGUCUGCGCGACCGGCGCGUGUCGGAGGCGGCGGCGGUGCUGGGGGCGGCGGUGCUGGGGGCGGCGGGCGCAGGGGGUGCGGUGGGUGCGGCGGGCGCGGCGGGCGCGGCGGGCGCGGGCUUCGUGUCCGCCGCCACGCGGCUGCUGCGCACCACCGCACACACCUACCCGCUGGGCGACGCUGAGAGGACGGUCAUCAACCAGGUGGUGGGCACGCUGCGCGAGUUCCCGUGCGUGGCGGCGUGCGGCGCGCUGCGGGCGCUGGCGGGCGCGUGCUGCCGCGCCGCCUGGCCGCUGGCGCUGCACGCGCCGCCGCUGCGCAUCGACACUGACUUCACUCCCGUGGUGCUGGACCCGAGGCGGCACGUGCGGCUGAGCGGCAGCUCGCAGCGCUCCGACAUCAUCAAAUCCUUCGUGUGCCCCGCGCUGCUGGACGGCGCCCGCUGCGUCUUCCGCGCCGUCGUGCUCACCUGACAGCGCCGACACUGCCUUCAUGUACUACAUUGCUCAUCACCUCUAAAGUGGUACACAUUUUGAUAUUCUUUCAGUUCCGGUACCAGGAGUACACCUUGUAUUACUAUUUCUUAUUAUAACAUAAAGUGACAAACGACCGCUGCCCAUACACAUUCGCAAUAGCGGAUGCGUUGCUUAUCCUUAAUCGACGGAGGAGGAGACACACAUAAAGAUGUUUCCCCUUCCUAUAUGUCUCCUCUGCCAUCAAAUCACUAUUCUUAUGAGGAAAAGCGUGGAAGUACCAGGUGUCAAACAUCCAGUAUUUUAUAUAUGUCGUAGUUGAGGGUAGGUGAUUCCGAUGUCAAUAGUGAGUUUCUUUGUCGCUGGAGAUAUGUUUCGAUUUCGUAGCAGAGUCCGUAACGCGUGAUGGUUUCAACGGCACCGUUCUCGCUGAUAGCCACGAAACAAGUGCGUUCCUUCUCACAGCUACUAUUGAAGUGCUCUUGUUGUCGGUCACUCUAGAAGUGAGCCCUUGCUGACUGUCACUGUAGAAGUGAACUGCGCUCCGCUCGCUCGGCCCUUUUAAAACGUUGAGUCCAUCAAACGCCGACAGGCGGCGCUGGCGUUACGUAGUUCUCUUUACAUCCGCAAUGUCGCUAGUGUCGCAAUGCUGGCGCUAGUGUUGCAUUGAUUCCGACAUAUACAUGUCUUAUUUAAACUGUAAGCGAGAUGUACCAGAUGUUUUAGACCUGGUUUCGCUUUGAACUUGCUGUAUUACCAAUAGAUAUAGAUACCAAUUUAAUUAACAAAAGUUUAAUUUUCACUAAAUUCAAUACCAGAAGGGUUUCAUUA